GUGGGGCGUCGCUAAACAAAAACACGUAUACGCAGCGGCGAGACGCGCGAUUGGCUGCGGCGGGCACGGCCCUCGAGUUCGUGCGAUCGCUGCCGCCGCCGCCGGCCUUCACUCCCGCAUUCGUAGUCCGCGCGCCAACAUGUGCAGUGGCGCUGACGGAGCCCCCUGGCCGCUCGGCAAGGACGCGCCCGCUGUCACCGCCGCCGCGCUAGACCACUACCGCCUCCAACUAUAUAAUUAUGCCGUCGCCGAACGCCUUCGACUAUACCCGCCGACCGUCGCGCCCUGCUAUGGGCCUUACGCGCCAAGGCUCGCGCUCUCCAUGUCACUGCUCCAGCAACGUGCGCUCCAGCCUGAAGAGCCGAAACCGCAGCACAGCUACAUCGGCCUCAUCGCAAUGGCGAUUCUCAGUUCCCCGGAAAGGAAACUAGUGCUCUCCGACAUAUAUCAACACAUUCUUGACAACUACCCGUACUUUCGCACUAGAGGCCCCGGUUGGCGAAACUCUAUUCGCCACAACUUAUCGCUGAACGACUGUUUUGUAAAAGCCGGCAGAUCGGCCAAUGGCAAGGGUCACUACUGGGCUAUCCAUCCGGCGAAUAUAGAUGAUUUUAGAAAGGGUGAUUUUAGAAGACGCAAAGCGCAAAGAAAAGUGAGGAAGCACAUGGGUCUCGCUGUAGAUGACGACGGCGAGGACUCUCCUUCCCCGCCUCCUCAAUCACCACCACCGACGGCGCUGCCUCUGCCUUUUUGGGGUACUGGGCGUCUUCCCGGUGGCGCUACAGCUCGGAAGCGGCAGUUCGACGUGGCGUCGCUACUUGCUCCGGACGACGCGCCGGAGAAGCGGAUGAGACGCGACAGCAGCGGUGAGGACGAACCCGAAGAGGACAUCGAUGUCGUGGCCAGUGACCAAGAGGAACGGACGGCAGAAGAACCGCCCCAGUAUCCGUUACUAGGCGGCUGGUGGCCGCUGGAGCCCGCGCUCCUGCAGCAGUUGCGACGCCACGCGCCGCCCGCGCCUUCCAGCCCCGCCGACCAGCAGCGUCCGCCUGACACCUAGGCUGUGUGAAUCUAUCGGCAAUUGUAAAUAUUGUGAAUAUACACUUUUCUUAAGAAACCCGUCGCCCUAGUGAGAAAAGAAUACUCUUUCGCUUCGACUUCCUGUGUUCCAGUAUUACCUCAGACGAGUCAUUGCGUCGCGCGUUGAACUCUAACCGAUAGCGUAGUUCUACAGUGACCGUGCCGUGGUUUUUUCCCCAAACUGUUAUUUUAAUUUAGUGAUUGAUCAUAAAUAGGUGACACGUCUGUAAUGAAACAGUAAAAUAACUAGCAGUGAUGGUUCGUAGAGAUUAAUUAUGGAAGCUAUCUAGUAUAAACGUUACAAGUCUGAAAAACGACCAAUCGCGUGUAAAGUUUUAGUUCUAUUUGUAAAUAUAGUAAAAGUGUCUAAUCUUCGUUGUUAUCACUGAUAUGUAAACAUACUGUUGUUUAUUUACUAGAAAUUAUUAAUAACCGUAUGAAAUAUGAGAAAUCUAUAAAUCUCUGAAUAAAUUAGUAAAAACACAUAAUCUAUCUUUCACUUAACAGUCCUUUUUAUUUUUCUUUAUUUAUAAAAACUAAAAAUAUUUUUGAUUAUUCAAAAAGAUUUUCAAGAAAACUGUGUCAUUA